AGGUCACACGGACAAAUGGACGGUCCACGUCGCCGUCCACGUCGCCAGCGAUCCACGGUCGUGGACGGCGGAUCCCCGCUCUCCCUGCUCUAUGAACACCACCCCCAGCAGAGCAGAGCAGAUCAAAGCACCAAAUUGGCAAAUUCCUCUUCUUCAUCAGAUCCCUUUUGUGUGCUCAUCUUCUACAUCGUUCAAUCGACCAUGUCGUGCUGCGGAGGCAACUGCGGGUGCGGGUCCGGCUGCAAGUGCGGCAACGGCUGCGGAGGGUGCAAGAUGUACCCGGAGAUGAUGGCCCAGGAGGCGACCACCUCCCAGACCCUGGUCAUGGGCGUCGCGCCGCCGGCGACCAAGCAGGCGGGGUUCGAGGCCGCCGGAGCCGAGAACGGAGGCUGCAAGUGCGGGGACAACUGCACCUGCAACCCCUGCACCUGUAAGUGAAACUCAACCUAAGGAUACCGAUGGAUCCCCAUCCAUGCAUGCAGAUCAGGCCACAUGGAUGUAUGCGAGUGCUAGUAUUUUAGUAUGUCGUUUCAGUCAGCUAUCCUAAGAGAAGAAUAAGACUUUCGAUCGGUCGAUCUCGAGGAUCCAUCUGUUUACCUGUAAUCAUCUGGAUCGAGUAUCCAGUUAUCUAUCUAUCUGUGUCAGAUCCUUAUGUGGAGUUUAUAUAUAUGUUAAUGCAA